GGCAAGCUUACCAGAAGUAAAAAAAGAGAACUUUUUCCUCAAAACCCUAAUAUUCUUUCCCACACUCAUUCGUUCCCAAAACCUUUUUCUUCGUUUCCGCCGCUGCAUCCUUAUCUGCGGCCACUUCAUCUUCAUCCAAGGCGGACUCCAUCUACAACACAACAGAUUACCUCCUAAUCGUUGAACUCGUGACUUUAAAGAGAAAGCGACAAAUAUACACAAACAUGUUUAGCUUUUACACUUCAAAAAUCCUCAGGAGGUGCUUUCUUCUUCCCCUAAGCACCCCUGAGAUUCAUUUCAAAACCCUAUUCAUAUUUUCAUCUAUUAACUUACAACAACCCAAUUUCACUUUCCAUUUCCCUUUCAAUUUCUGUUCCAUUUUCACCGUCGAAUUUCAAUGGCUUCCGAACGGUUUCACCGACAAGAACGCCGUGUUCAGAAAACUCAAAACCAAGUCCGAAAACAAGUCGUGUUUUGAUUGUAAUGCAAAGAAUCCGACCUUGGCGUUAGUACCGUAUGGGAUCUUCCUCUGCAUUGAUUGCUCGACAGUUCAUCGGAGUCUCGGCGUUCACAUCAGCUUCGUGAGGUAAAGUAAUUUUGGUGUUGUCUUCAGAAGCUACAUGUCAUCUUCUUGUGAAUUGCAUGUUGGUAUUUCAAGUGUGGGAAAGACCUUGUAAAUGGUUGGAUAUUUAUUGCUUUGUUAUUUUGUAGUAGUCCACCGUGUAUAAACUUUUUUUAUAAUUUAGUACACUUGUGUAUCUUAGAUUAAUACUUUCGUAAAUUUUGUAGAUUAUAUCCUUCAUUGGUUAGAAAAAUAUGAAAAUAGUGACCUAAAUGUGGUCUGUGUGAUGUGGGAAAAAUGUGCAAAAUAGCGACCUAAGUUUGGUCUAUGUGAUAUUUGAACGUUAUAUGAAAAAUUAGGUAAAAACAUUACAGGUUAAAAUAGGAAAAACAACUAUUAUAUGCUUAAAAGCAGAAAACAUAUUACAUCGGGAAAAAUGAAAAAUUAAUGUAAAAAUCUAUCUAUUACAUCGGGCAU